AUGAGAUCCAUGAUGCUCUUUGGCAUGCUAGUGCCUUCUCUGGCCUUUGCAGCUUCAAGUCCUCAAGGGCAGGGACGUUUCGAAUUUAGCUUGCCUGUGGAAAUAAAAAUCCCUGGACCUGGACCUCCUGAAGUGAGUGGAUGCAAUACUUUGCUUGGCAGGCUGAUUACGCAAAAUGCUGAAUGCUGGUUGGCUUGCAGCCUCCUCCUGUUGAUGUUCCCGCUGGAGCUCGUUGGUGGUGGAGUGAUGUUCCUCCUUGUGAUAGUCCUGCUUGUUAUCCUUGGGCUGGACCUCCUACUGUAUGUUGAUGCAAUACCUUUGCUUGACAGGCUGAUUGGUCCAAUUGCUAACUUCUGGUCGCGUUGGAGGCUUGUACUUGUACUUGUGAAUGAUGCCAAAUUGGAUGACGGACGCAGAGAUGGAUUAUGA